UGAGUUAAGCGACGUGGCGCUACCCCGAACUACAACUUCCAGCGGCCCCCGCGCUGCGGCGCGGCCGGGACGUCAUCUUAGCGACGGCAGGAGCGUGGGGCCCGGGACAACGGAGCCGGCCGCCAUGACCAAGCUGGGGCAGUGGCUGUGCGGACUCGCGCUGUUUGGCUCCGCAUGGGCCGCGCUGGCGCUGGCGCCGCCGGGGCUGCGGUUACCGGCGCCGUUCCGCCAGGCCCUGCUGCCGCUGCCCGUGUACCUGCUGGUGGCCUUCGGCUGCUACUCGCUGGCCACCGUGGGCUUCCGCCUCGCCACCUUCAACGACUGCGAGGAGGCGGCGGCCGAGCUGCAGGAGCACAUCCGGGAAGCGCGGGCGGACCUGGCCCGGCGCGGGCUGCGCUUCUGAGCCCCAUAAACCGCGGGGACGGUGGGUCCGGUGCGCCCGGAGGGGGACACCCGGGGUCCCCGGGGCGCUGCUUGAGGCUGGUUGCGGGGGGGUCCCCCCCAGUUCCCCCCGCGCUGCGCGGAGCCCGCCCCGGCCUCCCCCGUCUCGGCGCUGCCGCUCGGAGCCCGGCGCUGGGAUGGGGAUGGAGGCGGCGCGGCCGGGACCGGCUCCGCGGGCACAGCGCUUUCCCUUCUGAUGCGGUUCCCGCCGUCGGGCGGGAGCUCCUGCAGCCUCAUCCCGGCCGCCGCAGCCGGAUUCCAGCGGGAGAAGGAGGGACCUCCGCGGGGUGGAGCGGGCGGCGCAGCCUUCACAACGCAGCACCCGGGGGUCCCGUGUGUCCGGGGGAGGGCUCAGCCCCACGCUGCGGCCGCUGCGCGGUGCCACACGCCGGGACCUGCCUCCCCGCAGCUGCUUCACAUUCCAGCCAAAAGGACUUUCUUGUUCUUAAUGAGCGGCUCCGCAGCCGGGAGCAGCUCGCACGGGGCGGGAGGACUCGGCGUAAUUAGCAGGAGGAACUAAUGAGCUGUUUCCUGCGCAGCAGCGGCAGCGCGGAGCUGGGUGGGCAGCGUCGGGGUGGCACCGCCCCGGGGUCGGUACCGGGGGCAGAGACCACAGGGCAGGAACUGCAGCUACUGCGGGCUCCUCGCAGCCCUCCCUGGGCUCCUCACCCCCACACGGAGGGCGGCAGCGUCUCCCUGUUGGGUUCAUGCUGCUGCAGGCGCUCGCCUCCGGCCUCCCCAUGGGGCCAUGUCCUGGUGCUCCCGGCACACGCAGCCGGAGCCACCCGGAGCUCGGCCUCUGAUCCCGGUCUUGCUCCCAGUCCCGCUUCUGUCCUGCUCCCGGUCCUGCUCCCAUCCUGAUCCAACUCGCGGUCCUGCUCCCAUCCUGAUCCCACUCCCGGUUCUGCUCCCAUCCUGAUCCAGCUCCCGGUCCUGCUCCCAUCCUGAUCCCGCUCCCGGUCCUGCCCCGUCCGUGUUGACUUUUCCCAGGCACAAGGUGUGAACCAGCGUCUGAGCCGCCGCUCGGGCUCUGCCAACAUCGUCGUCACCGCUUCCUUGAUCCGCCUGCGUCACCAUCCCUUAAUCCUGCCCCGGGGGGGGGUUUCUCCUGCCCCAUAGGGGGCUCUCCUGCCCCAUGGGGGGGUGUCUGCUGUCACCUUUCCCAAGGCUGUGGUGUUCGUUGUAUAACUUGUCACCCGACCACGCUCCUGUCCCCUGCUCAUGCACUUGCCUGGUGGCUUCAUUCCAGAUCAUUGUUCAUCGACUCUGGGUCCACGCCAACGUGUUCAAGCCACAGAGGCCUUUUCCGUCCCCAUUGUGACCAGUGGCCCCAGGCUGCUGCUUCGGGGGGGGAGUCAGCGCAGCCUUCCCAGGCAGUGCCACCAUCCCCUGGGUCCCAUCCGAGGCUGAUGCUUCCACAUUGCUGGAAAGUGGGAUGAGCCCCCAGACCCACACCAAGGGAGGGCACCCCAACGCGGCACCGGGAAGAGUCUCUGAUUUAUUAAAAGGCACUUAAAUGGGUACAAAA